AUGACGGAAAAGAAAGCCGAAGUAGUGAUAUCGGGUAUUGGAGGCGUUUUUCCAGAAUGCGAAAAUUUGGAUGAAUUUAAAGCAUUUCUUUUCGGUAAAGGAAACGCCAUAACUUCAGAUUCCAGACGAUGGAUACCAGGUUAGAUUGAAUUUUUGAACCUAAUCUACAUAUUUUUAUCUUUAAGGUACCUAAGGUACGGUGCAAAUAAUUUUGAUUAUUUUUAGUAACCGAAGAAGCACUUAUUUUCUAAAAAAUAAACCACACAAAAGACCUAAGGGGUAAACUGAUGAACAUUUAAAAAGUGUUUUACAUAAAGUACCACCUAUAUAAAAAUUUCCUAUUUUUUAAGAUACUGCGGAAUAUUUAACUUACCUACCAUAAAAAUGUUUUUAAAGUGCAAUUUUUUGGUAAGCGCAUAGGGAAUUUCAAUUAGUCAUCUAAAUAAAGUAUCAUCAGGCAAAAAAUAUGCAUCGUUAAAGGUAGCUUCUUCGUUAAACUCAGAACCUAAACAUACAUCUGUAUAGGAGGAGAAAUGGGGAACCCACAUAACAUUUAUUUAACAAAUUAUUCAUCGUCCCCCAGAACAAAUUCAAAAAUAUGCCACUUAUACCUUCUAAGAAUACGAUAUUAAAAAAGACGGACUUACUUCGUUCGGGCCACUGUAGUAGCUGAGAAGUUGGGGAAGUAGGAUAUAGAGGGGAAUUUAAUGUAUAUCUGUAUGCAAUGAUUAAUCAUUGCUGAAAAACGAUUCUGAGCGGAACUCGCUUUUACAUAUUUAAAAAGACCGUAAUAUUUAUGAUUUUUUUCAACGUUUGAUAUUAAAAUUCUUUUAUUAAAAAAAAAGAAAAAAACAUUAAACUCAACUUUUCUUGUUGAAUACUUUGUAUUAUUCUAAUGAAUUUCCUGUUAAAUUUUUAAGCAUUUAAUUUUAGUGUAACAAUUGUAUCCACAAAGUAACUACCAAAUGAAAAUUCGUAAAAAAACUCCUGAAAUUAAAUUAUUUAUUAAAAGCUCGACAAUUUUACCUCGUCUAGAAAAACAAUUAUAAGUCUACAAAUUUCAAGUCUACGAAUAUUUUUAACUGAAUGACAACAGAAAAAUAAAAUUUAAAAUAUAAAAACAUUAUUUUCGGUAAUAAUUUUUCCGUUCUUUCUACAUUUUAUUUUAGUUUUCCUAAUUAUUCGAAAACCGCUUUGAAAAUUAAAAAAUGGCCUCUAUAAGCACUAACUAGAUAAAAUUUUCUUUCAAAAAUAGUGCUACACUUGAAAAUCGGAGCAACAUUUAUGGUAGACAUUUUAUACACAGUAUAAAAAAAAACUGACAUAUUUCACAAGUGGGUGCAGCCACUAUUGUAGGUGAGAAAUAAGGAAGGUGUUAGAGGGGAAAUUUAAUUUAUAUAAAAAAACGGUUCUAAGCGGAUUUCAGUUAAUAGCAUUGUUUUGUCAACAAUAUAUAUGCCAUAUUAUGAUAAAAAAAUAACCUCUAUAUUUUUUUUAAUAAUAUUUGUUUACUACUGUAUCUAUUUUUCCGUUUUUCCUGGUUUACCCAUUUUUUUCCAGGUUUUUCUCAUUUAUUGGGAAAACGCUUUGGGAAAAUUAAAAAAUUACCUCGUCAAAAUACCCUUCCAGUCGAUUGCAUUCUAGAAAAAUGCUAUCAUACUAAAUCGGAGAAAAAUUACCGAUAGAAAAGUUAUUUACAAGGAAAAAAAAAAGACGUUCUAGGAGACGUUUCUAAUGGAGACGGGUGCAAGCCACUGUUAUAAAUAAUUUAAUGUAUACCUGUAAGGAAAAAUAAACCAUUGCUUAUGAAAAAACGAUUCUCAGCGGAGUUCAUUGGAUACUGUUGCUUUAUUAACAAUGUAUAUGCUAUAUUACAUAGGCUUUAUAUAUUUUCUUUAAAAAUAUUUGUUUAAUGUUGUACUGAUUUUCCCAGUUUUUCUACGUUUUCUCAUGUUUUAUCCCGGUUUUUUUUAAUUUGUUGGGAAAGCUCUUGAGAAAAUCAAAAAAUUACUUUCUUAAAGUACUACUCAGAAAAUGUCCUGUUUUAAAAAUUAGAGCAAGAUUUCUGAUAGAAAAAUUGCGCACAAAAAAAAAAAAAAAUUAAAUAAAUAUCUUUGUAAAACCAUAAACUUCUUCGCUUCACUUAGAAUCUAAAAUAAAUAAAUAAACAUUAUUGGAAAAACAAUAUACGACCUUUAUUAUAAAAAAUUUUCUACCGAGUUCCUAUUGUAAGUAUGUAGACUGUUUAAUUUAGGUAAUUUAAAUUGUAUUUCUGCUAGAUUCUUCUAAACAUUUUAUUUUGACAGGUUUAUUAGGGACACCGCAUGGAGUCGGAAAACUACGUAAUCCUGAAAAAUUUGACUACGUAUUUUUCGGUAUGCAUAGAAAAAUGGCCGAGAGUUUAGAUGCUUUAACUAGACUCUGUUUAGAACGAUCCGUGGAAGCGAUAGUCGAUGCAGGUACGGCAUAACUGUUCUACAUAUUUUAUAUCACCUAAAUUAUUUGUUAUUUUAGGUCUGAAUCCAGCUGAUUUAUCCGGGACCAAUACUGCUGUAUUCAUGAAUUCGUGUAUUAGUGAAUCAGAGUUUUUUGAAGUCUUAGAUACACAUCAAAAAGGAUUUGGUCUUUUAGGUCAUAAUAGAGCAAUGCAAGCCAAUCGUCUAUCUUACUCUCUUAACUUAAACGGUGAAUAAUAACAUCAAACUAUUAUAAAGAAUAAUGCCGUUUAAAUGUAAAUAGUGUACAAGUUAUUUAUUUUGAUGUAGGACCUAGUUAUACGACCGAUUCGACAUGGAUAGGCGGAUCACAAUCUCUAAUGAGAGCAAAAAAAAUGAUCGAAGAUGGUGUGAUUAAUGCGGCAAUUGUGGGUUCGUGUAAUUUAUGCUUGAAUCCAAAUAUAUCCCUUCAAUACGAAGGACUGGGACGAUUGAAUAAUACAAAUGAAACUAGAUCAUUUAGCGUAGAUGGUAUAAGUGUUAUUAUAUUUGAAUUCCAUAUCAUAUAAAUUUAUAUUUAAUUGGAUAUUAAUUUAGCGAACGGUACAAACCGGGCAGAAUCUUGCGUGUCAUUGUUUUUACAAAAAUCAACUGAAGCCAAACGAUCUUAUGGUACUUUAUUGAGCGCUAUUAGUAUAUUUGGAGAAACGAAAGAUUACUUUUGUCAUUAUUCCGAUAAUCUUUAUAAAGAAGUUCUGUUAAAAUCUUACAAAGAAGCCGGUGUUGAUCCAGCUAAAGUAGCAUUUGUCGAAGCUGAAGGAUUGGGUAUUAAGGUAUACUUGUUAAAUUUGUAUUAUUAUUUAACAUUUAUAAAUAAGUUGUACCUACUAAUAAUUAAUUAUACAUUUUGUAUAAUUAACGAUUAUUGAGCACGAGUUAAUACAUUAUUAUUAUAUGCCACUAUAAUUUUAUGUUCUGUAUAUAGAAAAUAGAUGCAAUGGAAUUAAACGUCUUGAGUGAAGUAUUUUGUACUCCGAAUAGAAAAGAACCAUUAAAAAUUGGUUCAGUAAAGAGUAAUGUUGGUCAUUGUGAAGCCGCUUCAAGUUUAGUCUCGUUAGCUAAGGUGCUCAUUAUUUUAGAUUCAGGUUACAUACCUCCAAAUAUCAACUAUUUAGGGCCGAAUCCGGAUUGUCCAGCUCUUUUAUCGGGAAAAUUAAAAGUGUGUAUAAAAUAUAGUUUCCGAUAUUAUUAUUUCAAUAUUUGUUAAAUAUGAUAUUUUAUAAAUAUGUAUUUAGGUAGUCACUGAAAAAACUCCAUUAGAAGGAGACACUGUUGGUAUCAGUGCGUUUGGUUUAUGUAAUUCUUUUAGUCAUUUGAUUUUGAAACAAAAUAAUAAGUCCAAAAAAAAGAUUUAUGAAAAAGGAGAAAUGUUUGAUGACGGUUUAGCUAGACUGAUUCUCGUGUCUGGUCGAAACGAAGACGGCGUUAAAAAACUUUUAAAACAUAUAAAAAACACCCGAAUGGACGAAGAGUUCGCUGCUCUUUUACAAAGUGUUUUUUAUAAAUCAAUGACUACUCAUUAUAGCAGAAGUUUUUGUGUACUUCCUGACAAAAACGAAGGAAUAGAAGAACAGAUAUCGGUAUGAAUAAUAAGACGUUAGUUGUCAUAUGAAUUUUAAUUUAUCAUUAUUUGUUAUUUACAGUAUCUUCCAGCUGUAAUUAAAAGGCCCAUUUGGUUUAUAUUUUCUGGAAUGGGAUCUCAGUGGAACUGUAUGGGAAAACAAUUAUUAACUAUACCUAUAUUCGCUGAUUCUAUACAAAAAUGUGAAACUAUAUUAAAGCCAAAGGGUGUUGAUCUUAUCGAAAUUUUAACCAGCGAAGAUCCAAAACUUUUCGAUAAUAUAUUGAAUUCAUUCGUCGGCAUAGCUGCGAUACAGGUUUAUUUAAUGUUAUAUUAUACAAGUAUCAAAUCAGUUCUUAUGAAUACAUUUUUUAAAUUUAUUAUUAUUAUUAUUUUUUAUAUAUAUAUUAUGUAGAUAGGUCUAGUAGAUGUUUUGAAAAGCAUUGAUAUAUUACCUGAUGGCAUUAUUGGUCAUUCGGUUGGAGAAUUGGGAUGCGCCUAUGCCGACGGUUGCUUUACUGCUGAACAAAUGAUACUAGCUGCACACGCGAGAGGUCGAGCUUCAAUUGAGACGAAACUCAUCAAUGGAAUGAUGGCUGCAAUAGGUUUAGGAUAUAAUGAUAUCAAAAACAGACUACCGCACGAUGUCGAAGUCGCAUGUCAUAAUGCAUCCGACAGCAGUACCUUGUCAGGUCCGGCAGACAGCGUAAUAAGUUUUGUUCAACAAUUAAAAUCCGAAGGAGUAUUUGCUAAGGCCGUUAACGUCUCUAAUAUUGCAUACCACAGUCAAUACAUAAAACCAGCCGCCCCGACUUUACUCCAGUAUUUGAAAGAAGUAAUAUUUAAAUAAUAAAACUUGGUAUUUGGUUUUUGUAUUUACAUAUUCCAAUAUUGUAAUUAUUGAUUAUGUUUUUACUUAAAAGGUUAUACCCGAAUCAAAGCCUCGGUCGUCGAAAUGGAUUAGUAGCUCUAUACCAGAAUCUGAAUGGGAUAGUGAACUGGCGAAAACCAGUUCACCCGAGUACCACACCAACAAUCUCUUGGGACAAGUUUUAUUCGAAGAAGCUUCCCGCCAUAUACCCGAAGAUGCUAUUACUAUAGAAAUUGCUCCACAUGGACUCUUGCAGGCUAUUCUUAAACGAUCGUUACCCAGUAAAGUAACAAAAAUCCCUCUAACGAACAGGACUUCUAAGGAUUCGGUCAGAUUUCUAUUAAACGCAUUUGGAAAGCAAGUGUUUUUUAUGUUAUCAAAAACGUCUGAGACAAGAACACUUUAAAAUAAUUAAUUUUCUGUAGGAUGUAUAUGAAUGGCAUGAAUCCUAAUAUUGAAGCAUUUUAUCCGUUAAUAAAUUAUCCGGUUAGUCGAGAAACCCAAGCUUUACAUUCUUUAUUGCCUUGGGACCAUACAGAGAAUUGGAAAUUAAAGAGUAUGGUGCAAAGUGUAAGUUUAGUUUUAUACAUGUUUUAAAGAUAAUACAUUUUAAUUUUCAACUUAAUUUACAAGGGUCUUAUAAGUUUUAACAUUCUAAAAAACUAACAAUAAAUUGACAGGGAGAAUUAUUAUACUUGUUACUUAAAAGCAGGGCUUGUCUUUGAGAAAAUAAGUUCGUUUCACAUUAUUUAGAAUUAAAACAAUACACAAUUUUUGCUUUUAUCGUUAUUUAGUAUUAUAUCGUUGUAAAACGUUUGCAUUUAUAAUUAAAUGCCUAUUUAUAAUGCAAAUCAUAUACAAUCAAACAUUUUCUAAUAAUCCUUUAAUAAUUGACUACUUAUAUUUUUCUCCAUAAUUUAACAAUAAUUAUUUGUAUGCCCAGGUAAUAAGUAAUCGGCAAAAUGUAUAAUAUUAAAUAUCAAUACAGUAUGUUAAUUAAUUUGGGAGUCAAUUUAUAACGUUCAAAGAUUAAUGACUCCGAGUAGAUUUUUUGUUUAAACUUUUAUUAUUAGAUAUAAAUAUGUGUAAAUUAUAAAAAUCAGAUUUUAAAAAUAUUUAUAAAAUGAAAAAUGUAUAAUUUGUCUAGGAAUUAUACAAAAUCAAUAGAUAUAAUAUAGAAUAGCGAAUACAAAACUAUAACUACUAUUGUUUUACCUAUUUAUAAUUAAAUUUUUGUUUUAUCAAUAGUAUAGAAUUUAUUAUACAACGCAUUCUACCCAUUUCCUGCAUUAGAUUUAAAUAUUAAAUCUUUAUGUUUUACCCAAUAAGCCCAGGAGCACACUAAUGCAGUGGAAAAAAAAACUAGUCUUGUCUCUGCAAUAACCUGGCCAUCCAUUUCUCAUUCCACUGCUAUAGUGUGUACUCGAUGUAAAAUAUUAAAUUUAAAAAUAAAAUCUAAUGCGGGAAAUAAUCACAAUACGUUGUAUAAUGGAUUUUUGGAUUAAUUGGUAAAUAAAAAUAAAUAAAAUAGAUAAAUAUAAAAAAAAGAUCUGAUACUGGAGAAGUGUGGUCACUGUUGUAGAGGGGUAAUGCGUAAGGUGGGAUAUAUAAAGUUAUUUAGUUUAUAACUGAAGCCAAUGAUAAACCAUUGGUAAUAAUAAACUAUUCGGAGCGAAGUUCGGUUAUGAAUGUUUUUAAAGACCGUAAUACUUACGAUUUUCAUAAAGAUUUGAUUCUAAACCUAUAAAAAAGAAAAAACACUACAUUUCACUUUAUAUUAUUUUUUGAAAUAGAAUUAAUUUGUAUUUUCCCUGUUACCUACCUGGCACGGGUUUGGUAAAUAUUUUUUUAAGGAACUCAGGUUUGAACUGCGAUCCUUGGAAUAACAAGUACGUACCACCACAGACGGUGGUACAUAUUAAUUAUAUUACGAUAGACAUACUAUAAAAUCGGCAAUAUUGUUCCACAUAAUUUUUUUUUCAAACGAUUUUUGUCAACAUUUGAUAUUAAAAUUCCUUUAUAAAAAAAUAAUAUCAGGCACAUACAAUUUAAAUUGUUUUUUGAACAAAAAGUACGAAAUUUAAGUAACCUCCUGUAAAAUGUUCAAGAAUUUCUAAUUAGUCUAAUCAUUUUAUCUACACAGUAUGUACCGAAUAAAAAUUACGUAUACAAUUCACAAAAUUAAAUGUCUAUAACUAGCUCAAAAACGGAUCAAAUUUUAUGUACUUUCUGCAUUUUUUUUCGAUUUUGCUCAACUAUUAAAAAAACUAAAAAGAAAAUCAAAAAACGAUUUCCUUCUUCACCAACUAUACUCCGGUCAGCGAGAGAACGCUUGCUCUUUCGCACAUCUAAAUGAAUGAGCUCCACGGUUUCGUGUCCAAAUUUCUCCCACUUUAUUACCUACUCGCUAUAGAAAUGCGUGAGAGCAGAUGAAUUUUGGUUGCCACCCAGUAAAGUUCUCUUGCCGGUCGGACUAUAGAUUAAAAAAUUUAACAAAAAAGAUCUCUUGAUGUUUUUUUAUUGGAGCAAUAUGUAUGGUGGAAACCAGAAACCGUAAACAUUUUAAAUAAUGAUAUCAUUACGCCAUAAUUUGAAAAAAAUCGUAUAUUUCGUCCUUUUAUAGUUUUUUCUAAUUAUUUUGAAAAAUACUUUAGACAUCAAAAAAAAAAAAAAAUAAAAAAAUAAAAAUACACAUAUUAUAGUAAAACCAAGAUACGAAAACAUAUAUUUUGCUUGAUGAAUCAUUGAUAUAAGUGAGAAGUUGGAAAAAUUUUAGGAAUUUAUUUUUACAUAACGAUUAAUUUUUGCUAACAAAAAACGAUUCUAAGUAAAGUUCGGUUACACAUGUUUUGAAAGGCCGUAAUAUUUACGAUUUUAAAAUAAUACAUUUUCUAAAUUGUCCAGUUUUCCUACGUUUUUUUCCAGUUUUUCUCAUAUUUUUUCCAACUUAUUAUGAAAACAACUGGAUAAAUCAAAAAAUAACAUCGUUAAAGUAUCAUUUCAAUUAGAUUUUCUUUCAGAAAAAGUGCUACACUUAAAAAUUGGAGCAAAAUUGCUGGUAGAAAAGUUGUCCAUAAAAAAACUAAUAAUAAUAAACAUCAUUGUAAAAUCAAUACAUUCUCACUCCACUCAAAAUCUAAAAGCGUUUUUAACUUUAGUUAAAUAAAACGAAGAGAAGCAUUAGGUGUUUCAUGCAACUAGAGAAUUCCAAUGAGACUUAAAGUUAAGUUCUACACAAAUAUGAUGAUAUUGACUAUGUUGUGUAGUUCGGAGUGUUAGGCAGUUCACAGAAUAAUUGAUCAGAGAUAUGUGUGAGGUGAGAAUGCUUAUGUGGAAGAAUAGGUGACAGAAAUAGAUAGAUUAAAGAAUGGAUACAUAUGAGGCAACUUAAGCGUUGCUUUAACAGUAGAUGAAACGAGAGAAAUUAGACUGAAAUAGUUUGGGCGUAUCACGAGGAGAAGGCAUCUGAAUCAGUAAGAAUUGUAAUGAAAAUAAAUGUGGGUGGGAAAAAAAGAAGAGGAAGUCUGAAAAGAGAUGGUUGUGUGUGACUGAGAAUAUGAGGAAAGCCGGUGUGUGCGAAGUGAUCGGGUUAAGUGGAAGUUUAUAACUAGGCCUGGUGAUCCCAAAUAGUUGUGAUGAAGGAAGAGAAUAAUAAGAAGAAGAUUAUAGUAUUUUCUAAUCCUACUUAAAAGUUAACUGGAAUGAACUAAAUUUAAUAAAAUUAUGUAACUUUUUUUAGGGUAUUAAAGUUCCAGGGGAAACACGGUUUACGAUUUCUUUAGACAAUGAAAACAAUUUAUUUAACUAUAAAAUAAAUGGAAGACACAUUAUUCCUAUAUCAUAUUUUUUAGUAAGUUCAACGUUAGUUAUAGAAUUUAAAUUUAAUAACUUCUAUGCGAUUUUUUAGAUUCGCGUGUGGAAAUUAUUCUUAAAUAUAAAAAACGAAUUUAAUUUUGAUGGGCUCAUUGCAUUUCAAGAUCUAAAUUUUUAUAAGAACAUUGAAAUUAUGGCCAAUGGUGAGAGUGUUUGUAUUAUGUGUAAUUAUUAAAUUAUACUUAUAAAGCAUGCAACAUUUAUUAAUUUAUUUAGAAAUAAUUCUGUGUUAUUUUUAAUGUUAAAGAUAACAUUUGAAUUAUACACAAUUUUAUUUUUUAAGAAUAGACUAAAUAUUAAUUAAUCAUAUUAUUAAAAUUUUUACCAAUUAUAAUUUAUAAUUGUAUUAUUUAAGAAUUCAAGAUGUAUCUUAUAUUUUUUAUUAACAAUUUUAGGUAGACUUGUAAUAAUUAUUUGAAUAAAUCUGUUAAAUUAUUAUUUUUAGAUUCUUUGGAGUUUUAUUCACUCAUACAAUGUGGGUCCGGUUAUUUUGAGGUAUGCUUAGGUGAACAAUUAAUCUUCUCGGGGAAAAUAUAUCAACCAGAUCUGAUAGAUAUGACUGUGAUGUCUCCAAAAAUGAAGUAUCCAAGUACAGUUGUGUCAGAUAUUCCACAUAGUUCAAUAACAAAACAUGAUUUAUACACAUUGAUGGAACACCAUGGAUACGAGCUCGGGGAAAAAUUCAUGACUGUGACCAAUAUUGAUUUAUAUUUUGAAGGUAGAUGUAACAUUAAUAAUAUUAUUUCAAAUUGAAAUGUAUUAUGCAUAUUUGUUAAAAUAAAACUGAAAUAUAAUGCUCUACUGUAUAUUGAGUUUUUGAGUUACUAGUGUGUAAAUUAGUGAACACUGUAUAGUUAAAACUAUAACCAGUUAUGUUUAAUAAAUGAUCUGUACAUUUAUCUAUAAAAUAUUUUUUAUAUUUUGUUGUCAUUAUAAUAUAUUGUAAUACAUUUCAAUCAGGUAUUUAUAGAAUAUCGAUUUAAUUUGUCAAUAUUAUGUUUAUUUAAAAAGAAUACCAAGGAAAUAUUAAAUGGAGCGACAAUUGGUUGUUUUUUAUGAACGGGAUUUUUACUUUUCUCAUUCAUAAAAGUAUGGAAAAUAACAACAGUCCUGCAGAAAUAACAAGUAUUCGUCAAAUUUGUAUUGAUCCUUCUAAAUUUCAAGAUUUAAUUGGAAAAGGUACGUAAGAAAGUUAAUAAUUCUGUAUGUGAAUUUUAAUUUUCAUGUGAAGUGAAAAUUAAAAUCCUACACAUUAUUAGUAAUUACUUACCUAUUUUGAUCCUAAAAUUUGUUCAAACAAUGGAGGUAUUUACAUAAUAUUACAUUUAUGUUUCAAUAAAAAAAAUAAAUAAAGAAAACAAUAUUUAAAUUUAUUUAAUUAAUAUUUCAGACGUUCCAAUACAUUAUAAUUUUAAAACCAACGAAAUAAAAGGCGAAGGAUUAUAUAUAUUGCAUCCAGAAAUCAAACCGAUGACAAUACGUUCAUUAAAUCCCUUUAAACUACGUCUAGAAGAAGAAUGGUUUAUAAACUUAAGCAGUCCUAAUUUUAAUGUAUAAUGCCUAACAUUCAUAUAAUUUUAAAUUAAUGAAAAAUAUAAUAUAUGUAUAUUUUUUCCUUAGAAUGAAGUUAAUUUUAUUAAUAAUUGUUUACAAAUUAUAUUCGGAUCUAUAAAAUAUCAAUUAAACCAGAAAAUGUUGAAUAAUUUUCAUAUUUACUACAGCGAGAAAGAACAAACAAUGUUUAAAUAUCUUACGCUAGUGAAACAAAUAUUCGACAAUCAGAUAGGAAUUCAAGUUAGAUUACCUAUACUAUAUUCUAUAUUAUUCAUUUUUAUUUAUGAAACUUAUAAAUUAUACCUAUGUUUUUAAAUUUGUUUAGCACUCGAUUGUGAGCUUAGACAGUUCUACUCCGGAAAAUUUCUUGAACAAAGUACAAAAUGUGGUGUUAAUAACUAAAGGUCAAAUUGAAAAUGUUAUUAAAACUUUAAAAAAUAAGAAAAAAGUUAAUUUACUGGUUUUAUCGGACGAACAAAUAUUCAGUAACAAAGAAUGGACUGUUAUCAUGCAACAAAAAUUUAACGGACACUAUUUAGCAUUGAUAAAAAAGGUUACCUAUUCUGAGUUUUUGUUAAUUAAGGUUAGGUAACAAAUUAAUUCUUCUAACCUACAAGUUGUUAUAUUUUAGAUCAGAGAAAAAUCCAUUAUAAACUUGCAAGUAGACAAUUUCAUAAACUUUCAAAACAUUCAUAAUGAAAUUAAUAUUCUUUUGACAGAAUGCAAAAAAAGUAAAAGUUAUCUUUAUAUUUGUUCAAAAGUGAUACCGUUUGUAAAGUUGACAAGCUUCGUUGAGGAAAUUUUAAUUAAGAAUAGUUCAAAGUUGAUUAAGUUAGCAUAGUUAAAUAAACAUUUUAUUUUACUAAAAAAAAUAAGCAAACAAAUUUAUUAUUUAGAUUUGUUUUCAUCUUGGAUAAAUGUGAUCUGGAUUUCAAUGUUCAUAAUGAAUUAUAUGCAGAACAAUUACGAAAAAAUGUGUUUUUGAACAUUUACAAAGACGGUAAAUGGGGAACUAUUGCCAGAAAUAUUGUGGAAAAUUCAAAUUCUAUAACUCCUAUUGAUAACAAUCAUGAAAAUCCUAAAAAUUUUCAAAUGAACUCUGUAAUGUGAGUAAAAUAGUAUUUAUAUGAGGUAAUAUUGUUAAAAUGUUUGAAAAGUAUUAAUCGGAAAUAAACUUUUUAUUAAGUUCAAUAACUUUAAAGUCGUAUUACGUAUUAGAGUAUAGUGAAAAAUAACCAAGUCAUUAAAUUCGAUCGUUUUUAUUAGAUAGAAAACCAAAUUAACUAAACAAACUUUAACAGAUUUAUUCUAUAUUGAUUAACUUAAAAAAUAUUUAAUUUUUAUUAACCAAUCUGCUUCUUUCUAUCUUUCUAGAAUUGAUAUAACAUUUUCAUAUAUCUAUUACCUACACAAAUAUAAUUCUUAAUUAUUAUUAUAUAUUGAAUAUUGAUGAUGCUGUGUCUAAAUUUGUUAUUAAAAUUAAUAUAUUUUGGAUUUCAGAUUAGAUGGAUUUAAAGUUAAAUACUUAGGAAUUAACUUCCAGGAUAUAACCGUAAACAAUGUCAUAAAUGUAGGUAUAAUAUUUCGCCAAAUAGCGUAUUUGGUUCAAAACUUGUACAAUUCAUUAUUUACUUGGAAAAAUAAAAAUGUUAUUUUUACAAGUUGACUUUUUUUUUAGAUUUUAAAUUAUUAAUUUCUAAGCGUAUUUAUAGGUGUGUUAGCAGUUUUUUUUGUUUUGUAUUAGAAUGAACUAGGUCAUUUAGAAUAUUCUGGUCUGACAGCUGAUGGCAAAAUGAUUAUGGGAAUCGUUCCGUUUGAAAAAAAUACUUCUAAGAAAAUUUCACCCGAUCCAUAUUUAAUGUGGGUAAUUCCGCCGGACUGGUCAUUAGAAGACGCGGCUACUGUACCACUUCCAUAUGCAUUGGUUAUUAAUUAAAUUACCAAUAUUAAUUUUAAAAUUAUAUUUUACUAUUAUACUGUUGUAGGCAUAUUAUAUAUUCAAUGUUUUAACGACAACAAAUGAUAAAUUAACUUUGAGUACAAUACUCAUACACGCUGGAUUCAACGCUUUUGGACAAGCAGCUAUAGCUAUUGGUUUACAAGAAGGUUACGAUAUUUAUACCACAGUUGAAAAUGCCGAUCAAGCUAGGUUGCUUAGGAAAAGGUUCCCUUCGGUAAGUGUGUUGGGUUUUCGUCAAAGUUAAAUUUCAAACAUUAAUUGAUAAUAGUGAAUAUAAAUACUUAUAUUAUGAUUGUUCUGAAGUUACCAGAAAAGAGAAUUUUUAGUUAUAAAAAUAGUGAUUUCGAAGUACAAGUCAUGCUUGCUACUAAGGGAAAAGGUGUAUCUAUGAUAUUGAACUGUCUUAGCGGAAGUGAGUUCUACGCGUCGGUUCGAUCGCUAUCGACUAUGGGAAAAUUUUUCCAACUAACAAGAUCCGACAUGAUAAAGAAAAAUAAACUAGGUAAAACAUUAAUGUUCAAGUUAUUAUAUAUUUGCAUAGGUACUUAUCAAAUCGAUUUUGUCUAAAAAUUGCAAAUUUUUUUCAGGAAUGUUUAUCUUUUUGAAAGUCAUUGCUUUUUAUGGGGUUAGUCUAGACAGACUUUUGGGCCAAGACUGUAAUAUAAAAUUAAGAGUUCAAAAGGAUGUACAAAAAGGAAUAGAACUAGGUAUUGUUAAACCGUUUGACAGGCAUGUAUUGACUGGGACUUGCACAGGAGAACAAGCCAUUAAAGCAUUGAAGUACCUAAUUUAUUUAUUUUAUUUUUAAAUAGAUGGUUUUUAUUAAUUUGUUUAUACUGUUAAAAAAAAAAUACAGUUUAUCGUCUCAAGGUAUUGAAUCUAAACGAGUAGUUUUAUCGUUAGAAGGAGAAAAGACAUUAGUAAAAUCCGUUAUAGAUACGGGAUAUGAAAAAUACAAAUGUUAUUCAAAUAGAGUAUAUUUAAUUGUCGGUAAGAAAAACAAUAUGAAUAAAUAAUAACUAAUGUUUAAAAAUCUCAAAUUGUGUUAUAAUUAUUAUAUUUUUAGGAAGCAAAUAUAGCACUUGGAUUGAUCUUGCAGAAUGGCUGACAGUGAGAGGUGCUCAAAAAAUUGUUGUAGCCUUAAAAAAAUACGCUAUGUCUACGAUAGCGUCUAGAAGGUAUUUUAUGAACAAUCAAUUUUGUUUAAUCAUAUUUUAGUUUGAUGGAAAUUAUACGAUGGUCGGUUAUAAUUUUUUUUUUAUAAUUUUUUUAUUCAUUAAUUUAUUUAGGUUAAAUUUACUUAUGGCACGAUACCAAAAUACCAUGGUUCAAAUAGUAUCGGAUUCAUACUUGAACUCAAAAGAAGAUUCAAUUCAGUUAUUAAAGGAAACAACAACCACAACUCCCCUCGGAGGAAUACUUUUCGCCACAUUGGUACUAAUAUUUAUUAUUAUUAUUUUUAAUUAUUAAUUAUUGAUGGUUCAUUUAAAUUGAUUAUUAAUUACAGAGUGACGAUAAAAACAAGAUAUACAAUAUUAAAAAUGCAUUUGAAAAUCUCCAAUCAUUGAAGAAUUCGAAGCCUUGGUUUGUAUGUAUUAUGAGCGGUGGAGACGAGAUUUUUGCAGAAUUAAGGGCUAAUGGCGUUUGUCCAAAUGCCAUUAAUCUCUCAUGGAGUUCGAUGGAAACGGAACCAACAUUUUCGAAUAUAUUACCAUCUUUAGACAAAGUUUUAGUUAAUAUCAAUACAAUUUCUUCGUCUACCAUCAUAUGCACUGAAUACAACAAACGAAUAAUUGGUAAUUAAAUGUUCUUUAUGAACAACAUCAACAUCAUAGUUUAGAAUGAAUAAAAAAAACAUAUUGGCUUAGCCAAAUUUUUUUUAACGAAAAAGUUCGACUAUAAUGAAUUUCAUAUCAAAUUUUAAAAUAUUUUUGUUAAGUAUAAUAAUAAUUUAUCAUAAGAGUACCUAUCAAAAAAUAACGUAAAAACUCAUAAAAUUAAAAUGACUAUUAAUAGCUCAAAAAUAACUAAACAAUUUUGAAAGUUUUAUCCCGUCUAUAAAAAGCAAACAUAAGUUUCUUGCUAAAAUAUCAUGUCUCUUCGAAUAUUUUUAACUGAAUCAAAUAAAACAAAAAUUAAAAUAAUGAAAUCGUGUCGCAAUUUGAAAAAUCGUAUUUUCGUCCUGUUUGGUUUUUUCCGAUUAUUAUGAAAACUACUUUGGAUAUCAAAAAAUUACUUUCUUGUUAGUAGCAAUAUGUCAAAAGGAACGAAACCGAUUACAUGUCAUUUUUCUAUGGGAGCAAUGUUUCUGGUAAAAAACAUAAUUUGUGAAAAUUAGAAACAAUACAAAUGGUAAUCCAGCAGUGAGCCGUAAAUAUUUUGCAUUUUACCUGCAAUUUUCUUUCGGUUAUUUUGAAAACUCCUUAGAAAUUCUAAAUAAUCUCCUCGUUGCACCAACUAGAUAAAAUUACCUUUCAGUAAAAGGGCUACACUUGUUACUUCGAAGCAAAAUUUCUGAUAGAAAAGUUUCUUGCACACACAAACACAAACAAUUCAUAGUAAAACCAAUAGAUUCGUUGCUACGCUUCGAAUCUAAAAAAGAUGUGGUAAUGGGAACGCAUGUGCUACUAUUAUAAGUGGGAAAUUGGGAAAUUAGGAUACAUAAAGUUAUUUAUUUUAUAUCUGCUAGCAAAGAUAAACCAUUGGCCAUUGCUAACGAAAAAUGAUUUGGAGCGAAGUUCAGCUAUACAUGUUUUGAGAGGUUGAAAUAUUUAUGAUUUUCAUCAAAAUUUUAUAUUAAAACUCUUAUAAAAAAAAUGUAUUACACUGAAAAACAUUUUUGUUUAGUCUAAUAAAUAAAAAUUACGUAAAAAAAAUAUAACAAAAUUUAAAUGUCUAUAAAUAGCUCAAAAAUGGCUCAAAUGUUUUAUUUUUUUACCUUGUUGCACUCCGGAUCUUACAAAAACAAAAUCAAUUUAAAAUUUAAUAUAAUGAAAUCCUUAUUUCCGCAAUUUUCUCGUUUUCCUACUAUUUUAUCGAUUUUUCUAAAUUAUUAAAUAAACCAUAAAUAUCUCUAAAUUCACAGAGCGGUUACAGGUGAGGUUAAGAGUUAAGUACCUAGAAUCUAUUUUACAAAGAACGGUGGCUUUGACGAGGAAGUGAAACAUAGAAUUAAGUGUGGUUGUAUAAAGUAAAAAGAAUCGUUAGGUAUUUUAUGCGACAAGAGAAUUACAAUGAGACUUAAAAGUAAGUUCUGCCAAAUUUUAAUGAGACCGACUAUGUUAUAUGGUUUAAUGUGUUGGGCAAUAGACAGGGAAAUAGAAGAGAGAAAGUGUGUAGUAAAGAUGAGAUUAGUGAAGAGAUAAAAUAAGUUAGGAUUCAGUACAUACUCUAUAUAAGAGAUAGAUUAGGCGUUAGGCGUGGCUUCAAUUGCAGACAAAAUGAGAGAAAAUAAUCUGAGACUGUUUGGGCAUAUUAGAGAGAGGAAUUAGAAGCAGUAAGAAUUGUAAUAAAAAUAAAUUUAGAUGAAAAGAGGGGGAAGAUCGAGAAAGAGGUGGAUACGAUUGAGGAUGAUAUGAGGACAACCAGUGUAUGCAAGGUGGAAGAUCGGGUAAAUUAAAAAUUUAGGCAAAGAUGGCUAAUCUUAAAUAGUUGGGAUGAAGACGAACGAUAAGAAAACAAUAUGCUUCACCUUAAUUUUGGAGUAAGAUUUCUGUUUAAAACAUAAAAUCUAUUAUAAUUUUACUGUCGAAAAUUUGUCUGUUUUUUUCCAUACAUGUAAUUGUUUAACUUGUACGAUUAAUCUGGACCGUGGUAUAUGUAUAAUUAGUAAAAAAAAUUUAAGUCUACAUUUAUUAAAAUAUUAUUGUAUUGAAUUGUGAUGGUGUGUUCAUAGUUACCAGGGAAAGUUAUUCUAAAAUCGUUGCGGAAUUACCGAAAUCCAUUGAAGAGCUGAACGUUUUAGCAGAUACUCUUGAAGAUGAACCCGAAUUUGUAGAGGUAUUCACGAAAAGUCCCCGUUUCGCAGAUAAUAUGGAAGGUUUACCCGUUUUCGUUGUACCGGGAUUCCAACCAGGAAAAAUAAAACGAUUGUAUGAAAAUAUCAUUUAUCCAACGUUCGAAGCCAGAUUGCCUGAAACCAUCGAUUCAAUUGAAUCCAUAGCAACGAUACUCGUACAGGUAUUAACGACGUUAUAAAACAAAAUAAAAUAAACAUUUUCUCGAUACACUAUUAUAUUAGCUUAAUUUGGGAAUAAUAUAAUUAUUGUAAAAUUUAAACAGUUUGAUAAAAUUUGAAAAUUGCGUAUUAUUAUAGUUUGUUAAAAACUUAUGUUUUCAUAAUUUAGAAACUCAAAACGAUCACUAAAUGCAAAAUGGUUUCUCUUAUCGGCAUAUCAUGGGGCGGUGCCGUUUGUAUCGCAAUGGCACAAAUAUUAGAGGCGGAAGAUAUCGCAGUGAGUUUGACACUUUUAGAGGGACUACCGAACGUAUUCCAAGAGUGGACUACCAGUUUAAACCAAUACGGGAAUAUUAACGCUAAAUUGAUAUGGAACUAUUUCCAGAUCAGCAAUACUGUAAGAUUAAUCUACUUUAUUAUUAGGUUUACAGUAUUUAUUAAUAAUUACACUAAGUGGAAAUAUUUAGGUGGCCAAAAAACUGGUAACAAAAAGCGGUUGGACUACUGAAUUACCGAAAGUCUUAUCAUCAAAUGGCGUAACAACGGAUUCUGACAAGACUCUAAAGGCAUUGAAUUCAAUACGCUCGAAAUUAAAUACUAUACUCGCAUUAAAACCGUUUACGAACAAGGUGCUCACAAAAGUCAUGGUGAUUAAUAGAAAUAUCAAUGUGGAAAAAUCAAGUAUCAAUGGACUAAUGGAUGUAAGUAUCUAAUUAGAAUGCAUUAUUACAAGCAAUUUAAAACUGUAUUUCAAUAAAAUUAAUAGAUAAAUAAAAGCAUCUAUACAUUAUUUACAAAUAGUUUUUAGAAUAAUUUAAAAUUUAAAACACACAAUAUCUGAUUUUUUAAUAUGCUCUGUGGCAACAUUAUGAUAACGACGUAUCAGAAAUUAUCAAAUUAUAUUUAUAUUAAAAAAAAGUUAUUGAAUGUCGAUUGAUAUUUUGAAUUCCUUAAAUUGUUUACAGUUUAUGUAAUCUACUAUAAAAUAUUGUUAGAUAAAAUCGAUCAAGCAUAAUAUAAUUUUAAGAAAUUCACUACAACGAAUAGUGUGUACUAUAAUAAAUGAAAAUAUAUUUAGAUAUGUACCUAAAUCAUUUACUACUUUAUGUAAGACAUGUAAUCGGUAGAUUCCUUCCUAUAAUACGGUUGAGCAGGAGGGCGAGUUUAAUUAGAAAAAAGACGAGGUAAAGUUGAAUAAAAUACAACAACAAAUGCAUUUCACUGAUAUAUUUUAUAGAUGAACAUGGCUAGUCGUAGCCUAGGUUUAUGUUCGACGGGAGGUGUUGAGAUGGUGAGCGUGAGGUUUUUAUGUUUUGAAGUGAGAUUGUCGUUGUUUUUUAUUGAUUUUAAAUACGACAUUAGAUGGUAUAAUGGCACACAGUUAUAAUACAUAGUAUAGUUUGUUAAUAAUAUAUUAAUGUUUGAUUAUUAAGUAAUGUUGUGGUAUAUAACAUAAUGUUUUUUUAUAUGAUUUAAUAUAAAUCGCUGUUAAUUAUGGUUUUAUUAAAUAAUUGAUGAUUGUACACAUCAUUACAGUACUUUUUUUUAAUCCAAAAAUACUUUUAAUUUUUACGUUUGAUUUUUUAUUAUUUUCAGUAUUGUAUUCAUGUACCAGGCGUUUAUAAUUCCGACGAAAUAGAUUUUGAAGAAAUGUUAGUAGAAAAGAAAGUCAUACAAAUCAUAAACCGAAACAUAUUACAUUAUCAUCCAGAUUCAAUGGAUACCCCGAUUAAAGAAUUGUACAUUCGUUCUUCACGGGAAACUAUUGGUUACGUUAUAGUUUUAUAGAUAAAAAUUAUUUUUGAAUCUGAGGAAAGAUUUCAGAUAUACAACAAGGAUUUUAUUUAUUUUAUAUUUUAUAUUAAUGUAAUUUAUAUUCUUCAGAAUAAACAUACUGGUUGUAAUAUUA